AGGGGAGGAGAGGGGAGUGUUGGAGGCGCCCGAGCCGAGCCGAGCCGGGCCGGCGGGGCGGGAGGGGAGGAGGAGGAGGAGCCGGAGCGGGCUGGCGGGCGGCCGGGUGGCGGCGGCGGCGGCGGCAUGGCGGAGCCGAGCGGGGCCGAGACGAGGCCCCCCAUUCGGGUCACCGUCAAGACCCCCAAGGACAAGGAGGAAAUUGUGAUCUGCGAUCGAGCCUCGGUCAAGGAGUUCAAAGAGGAAAUCUCACGGAGGUUUAAGGCACAGCAGGAUCAGCUGGUCCUGAUCUUCGCAGGCAAGAUCCUCAAGGAUGGGGACACCCUGGACCAGCAUGGGAUCAAGGAUGGGCUCACUGUCCAUCUGGUCAUCAAGACCCCUCAGAAGGCUCAAGAUCCAGCUGCCGUCACCGCUUCUCCCCCCUCCACUCCAGACCCUGCCUCAGCACCCUCCACCACGCCCGCCUCACCCGCCACCCCUGCUCAGCCCUCCACCUCUGGCAGUGCCACCUCGGAUGCUGGCAUUGCAAGCCGAAGGAGCAGUGGGGGGGGCCCUUCCCCAGGGGCUGGGGAGGGCCCUCCCAGUGCUGCUGCAUCCAUACUCUCUGGCUUUGGGGGCAUCCUGGGCCUGGGCAGCCUGGGCCUGGGCUCUGCCAACUUCAUGGAGCUGCAGCAGCAGAUGCAGAGGCAGCUGAUGUCGAACCCCGAGAUGCUGUCGCAGAUCAUGGAGAACCCACUGGUCCAGGACAUGAUGUCCAACCCCGACCUGAUGCGCCACAUGAUCAUGGCCAACCCCCAGAUGCAGCAGCUCAUGGAGCGCAACCCCGAGAUCAGUCACAUGCUCAACAACCCCGAGCUCAUGAGGCAGACGAUGGAGCUCGCUCGCAACCCAGCCAUGAUGCAGGAGAUGAUGCGGAACCAGGACCGGGCCCUCAGCAACCUGGAGAGCAUCCCUGGGGGCUAUAACGCUCUCCGCCGCAUGUAUACGGACAUCCAGGAGCCCAUGUUCAGUGCCGCCAGGGAACAGUUUGGCAACAACCCCUUCUCUUCCCUGGCCGGGAACUCCGACAGCUCGUCCUCCCAGCCUCUGCGGACUGAGAAUCGAGAGCCCCUCCCUAACCCCUGGAGCCCCUCGCCCCCCGCCUCCCAGGCCCCCGGGUCCGGUGGGGAGGGCACCGGAGGAUCGGGGACCAGCCAGGUGCACCCGACAGUCUCGAACCCCUUUGGGAUCAAUGCGGCUAGCCUGGGGUCAGGGAUGUUCAACAGCCCGGAAAUGCAGGCCCUGCUGCAGCAGAUCUCUGAGAACCCCCAGCUGAUGCAGAACGUGGUCUCAGCCCCCUACAUGCGCAGCAUGAUGCAGACGCUUGCCCAGAACCCCGACUUUGCCGCUCAGAUGAUGGUGAACGUCCCGCUGUUCGCGGGGAACCCCCAGCUGCAGGAGCAGCUCCGCCUGCAGCUCCCGGUCUUCCUGCAGCAGAUGCAGAACCCGGAGUCGCUCUCCAUCCUCACCAACCCCCGGGCCAUGCAGGCGUUGCUGCAAAUCCAGCAGGGGCUGCAGACCUUGCAGACCGAGGCCCCCGGGCUGGUACCCAGCCUUGGCUCCUUCGGGAUGUCCCGGACGCCUGCGCCCUCGGCAGGCAGCACCGCAGGGCCUGUGCCUGAGGCCCCCACCUCCUCGCCGGCCCCGCCGGCCACAUCCUCUCCAGCUGGGGCUCCCAGCGCCCAGCAGCAGCUCAUGCAGCAGAUGAUCCAGCUUUUGGCAGGAAGUGGAAACUCACAGGUGCAGACGCCGGAAGUGAGAUUCCAGCAGCAGCUCGAGCAGCUCAACGCCAUGGGCUUCAUCAACCGCGAGGCCAACCUGCAGGCCCUGAUUGCCACAGGAGGGGACAUCAACGCAGCCAUCGAGAGACUGCUGGGCUCUCAGCUGUCCUAAUCCUGCGGCUGUGCCUCCCGUCUCUCCCUUCCCUGGAUGCCAGCCUGUGGCUCCCGUCAGCCCUCCCUGCCUUCUUCAGCUUGUCGCCCCUUCCGUCUUCUCCCGUCCCCUCCAGACAGCAGGGUGGCUUUAGUGGCGUCGGUGGGCCCCGACCCCGUAGCUCUGAGAGCUUUGGUUCUACUUCUGCAUCGCUCACAGAAUCUUCUCUCCUGCUCCUGCCUGAGCAGAGCUUUUUAAACGGUUUUCACACUUUUGCUGAUGGGCCCCACAACUGCCUCCUGCAGCCUUUGAACUGCUCUGUGGCCGUGCGCCCGAGUUGAAGGAGGAACUCGCGCUCUGGUUUACUGAAACAGGGUCUUCUGUCUGGACCACUAGGGUUUGCUUCUUAUGUUUACUUGUGGUAACUCUUCCUUCUUUCCCUCUCCAGCCCCUCCCUCCCGCAGCCUAACCAGCGCUAGGAUGCCAUACUUGGAAGGAAGGCCGGGUGGAACAGGCUGGGGGUUUCCUCCUCACCCCUGGUCUGGGUCACUUCCGCCAGCACGUUUUCAGGGGGUCUGUUGGGACUCCCAGGGGAGAUGAGACAGACAACCCUCUGAACAGGGAUUAACGAGCCCUGGGCCAGACCAGGGAAGACUGGCGUGGAAGAGGACAUGAGGUUUUGGAGGAAGGGAAUGGACAAAACAGCCCGAGUAAAAGGCUUGGAAGUUGAAACUGACAGGGAGUGGAAGUGCUAAUUAUUCUUUUAAGAGUCCUGGCAGAGGACACUUAGCGAUAGAUGCUCAUGGAACUGGAGUUGAAAGGGGCUCAAUGAAGCUAACCCGUGUGGCUCACAAAGGCUCACACUGGCUCCGUUUCCUCGAACACACGUGCCGUGUACACACUCACACACAUGUCCGUGGAGCCAGGGCCUGCCCGUGUCCUUCGGUACCCGUGAUUUGAGCCCCCCACAAAAGACGUGAAGAGGAUGGGUGUGUGUGUGGGGGGUGGGUGCAUGCACGCACACACGUGCGUGGGAGUUGAGUGGGUGGGGGGGGUAGAUUCUUGGCUGAUUUCUGGUUCAGAACUUCCUCCUCCAGAGAAGUAGGCAGAAGGGCCAGUCUCGGGCAGGAAUACCUACCGCCCAGAGAGCCAGGCCCCUUGGCCCCUCAAUGCGGGGUGACCCACGGAUAGUAUGGAUACCCUCUCUGAAGCUGCCCGGCUGUGACCAGCUCCCUCAUAGUCAUUGCUUUCGGGGAAUGGUAGAUAGUCUUUCCCUGCAGAGCCCCUGCCCUUUGAGUUUUUCACUCUUUCUUCCAGGCCAGAAAGGGCUAUUUGAGGAAGGAGAGGAGAGGAGAGGGGGGCAGUGGUGCCUUUGAUCUGGAACUGGACAUGGUUGGAGCACAGGAGGCUCGUUUCACCUCCACUGCUACUUAGCCCUGCUGUUUGGACCCGUGGCUGAGAAUAUGGAGGCACAAGGAACAGAAUUUCCUCCCUGUGGGAAAGGGUCCCAAGCAAUCCAGAGAGGAUGUCUGCGUGGCUUCCCUCCCGCCUUCAGCCCCCACACUGGCCUUUGUAAAUAAAUGGUGUGGUCUUUGUGUGA